AUGGCCACAGGAGUCGCGCCAGAGCCGGAGAAGAAGACCGUCGUCUUCCCCGGUUGGGUGAUGCUGGAUCGCUUCGGCCGCACCUACUGCCACGGCGACCUAGACGCUGCUUGUGAGGAGGCCAAUAAGAAGAAGACCGCCGUUGAAGUCGUCACGUCCACCGGCCACCACUGCUUCAUGUCAUUCACCUUCUCGGAUCAUAAAGAAGGGAUCUCUUACCUCGAUCUACACUGGCCGCUGGAAGGCUCAGCCAAAUCCGAGUCCCCCUUCAGCGUCCACGCAUAUCCCUACCUCCGGGCAACCGACAAGGACCUCGUCCUCUUCGACAUCUCCCUCCCGAGCCAGACUAGCUUCUUCGACCUGCCGCCAGAUCUGUUCGUCUACACGGCCGCCGGUCCUUCCCCCUGGGUGCAGCGGCUCCCUCUGUACAUUGAGGACAGGGAAAGGCCGUUCCUGAGGUCUAACUUCACCACGGGCAUCCUGCGACUUGCGCACCACCGCUUCAUUGUUGCCGACCUCAAUGUCUACCUGGGAAAAAAGGAGGGCUCUCACGAUUGUUCCAUGCUUGCCGAGCUCUGUGUCUUCAACUCCGAGACUGAAGAGUGGAAAGUCAUCGAGGAGGUGCCCGCCCCGCAGCCCCAGGACCAGAGCAAUGGCGGCCAGUUCCCCAUCCUUUGGUCAACCGACGAUGUGCUCGCUUGUGACGGCCGUUUCCUCUGCUGGGUCGACUACUUGAGUGGUGUGCUGCUGUCCGACUUCUCCACCAUAGACUCCCCGGUGCUCCACUUCGUUCCUUUCCCUGGAGGAAAAGAGUACAGUGAGGAGGUACUCCUCUCAAGGUGCUUUGCGGGGAGAUUCCGGAGUGUGUCCAUCAGCCAUGGCAUAAUGCGCUUCGUCCACAUUGACAAUGACUUUCACGAGAGAAUCCAUGUUGACUGGCGUCGUCGUCUCGAGAGAAGCCAAGGACACCAGCAGCCGCCCCAAAAGAUCACCAUAUGGACUUUGAACAUGAGGGGUGGUAACUCCAAGUUUGAGUGGGAGCCACACCGUGAGAUCAACCUGGAUUGUCUAUGGGCGCAAUGUGAUUACCGGGCUCUGGACAUAGGUCAGCGUCUUCCCCAAUUCCCAGUCAUCUGCGUGGAGGACCCUGAUGCCCUGUGCUGCCUGUUGAGGGAUGAGGGAACUCCUGGAAAGGCGUGGAUGGUCAUGCUUGACAUGAACUAUGCAUAUCUGCGGUCAUGUACUCCAUAUAUCAAUCAACACCCCUACGAUGCUGGGCGUGUGGAUGUGGAAACUCACCAAAACUUCUUCUCUAAUGUGCCCCAACUUCCAACCGUCUUCUCCAACUACCUUGAAAGGCCAUCAGUGAUACGACGGGAUGGCGACAAGGUUGCAUCUAAACCUUCAAAGAAGGUUAAGCUGGCAAGUACUCCUCCAGAAGUUGCAAAGAAGGCUAAGCUUGCAAUUCAUCCACCAGUGCAAUGUGAAGACCUGGAAUCUGAUGACUGGUUGGACUUUGGGCCCGUUCAAGUCAAAGACGAUGUUCGUCGAUGGUGCCAAGUCAAUAGCGCAAAAAUUGGCAUUGAUGGGAUGAAGAUGGUGUACUGA